AAGAGAGGGUUAGACCAACAACAAAUGGGUCGUAAUACAAUUAAACAAACAAAACACAAAGAAAUGCAAAGUUUGAAGUGGUCCUUUUGAACGCAUCAGGGAUUCUCAGGGAGCCCUUUUCGAAGUUAAUGGUGAAGGCGAAACACUUUGAAAAGUAGAGAGAGAGAUAGAGGAGGGAGUAGAAACUGAAGAGUGCUUUUCACUGGGAUAAAGAAGAAUAAGUUGUAGAAGAGGAGAGACAGAGAGAUGGAUAUGAACAGUUGGUUUGAUAGAGUUAAAGAAGACCGAAAGAAUUUGAGCUUCUCCAAGACAUUUGCUUGUGCAGAUUUGUCCUCUGAAUGCAUGAGAACGUUUCCUUUCGACUUGAUGAAAAGUCUCCCAAAAGAAGACUUGGCCAACAAGAUGGUGAUAAUAGCAAAGUGUGGAAGCUCUUGGGAAGUAGACAUCUCCAAGAACCCAAGAUUCUACUACAUGGAGAAGUCUGGGUGGAACCAGUUUGUGAGAGACAACGCCUUGGGCAAAAACGAGUUUGUCACCUUUACUCACAAAGGAUCGAUGUGCUUCGACGUGAACAUCUACGGGAAAGAUGAGAAGGAGAUUGUCAGACCACCAAUAAUGGCUUCUUCUAACAAUCCCAAAUCUUUUUAAGAAGCAUAUCCCGAAUGAGCAAACGAUGUUCACCAUACACUCGAAAGGUAGCGGUUGUGGUUCGUGGGAGGUGUGGUGCUUGGUGAGGGAGGCUCAAGCAACCUUCUCAAGAGGAUGGAGUAAAUUUGCAAGAGAGUACCCUAUAGAGAUUGGUGACAAGUGCACCUUACAGCUCAUCAAACCCAACGAGUGUGUCCUCACUAUCUCCAACAAGGCCAAAGAGGAGGAGAUCACUGUCAUUGAUUGAUUGAUGAAAUCAUUAUGUUUAAGUGUCUUUGACUUCUUAUUAUCUAUGGAGAGACAAUAAACUUUAGCUAAUCUGUGUUUCUUUCUUUCUUGCUUGUGUUUGUUUCCUCCACACUUUUCUCUAUCUAUCUGCUCAUGAAACUUUUCUAUAUAUAUUUUGCAAGUCGA